AUGCCUCAUAGACCCGCCUUACUCUCCACACUCCGUCCCCUUCCGUCCCACACACGCACUCCCCUCCAUCGCUCACGCUUCCUCGCGACAACGAGCACGCUCCCUCCCCUCCCGUCUCCUUUGCGCUCGCUCCAUUGUCGCAAACGCGCGCUCUGUUUUCUCGCGGAUUAUAAUUCCCUCCCGUCGCCCACGCGGGAGCGCCGAGACCGAUUAUGCACACUCCCUUCCGUCACCCACGCUCACUUCGUUCCCACCGCAGACGCGCACUCCCUUCCGUCGCCCCCGCGCACUCCGUCAGUUACCUCGGCCCACGCGCACUCCCUUCCGUUGCCCACUCUCAAGACCUUCCCGUCGCCCACGCUCACACCCUUCCCAUCGCCUACGCGCAAUCGUUCAGUCGCCCACUCUCAACCACUUCCCUCGCCCACGCUCGCUCCCUUCCCGUCGCCCACGCUCACUCCCUUUCCAUCGCCUUCGCGCAAUCCUUACAUCGCACACGCUCACCCCCGCUUGUCGCACACGGCCAAUUCCCUCUCGUCGCACGCUGCCGCCCGCGCCGCGCUCUCCCUUUCAAUCUCCUCCCGCCGUCCACGCGCACUCCCUCCCGGCGCGCGAGACGACUCCCCGUCCGCCGCCCACGCUCACUCCCUCCCGCCGCGACGGUCCCCUCCGUCGCACAUGCUCACUCCCCUCCGUCGCCCACGCCCACUCCUUAUGGUCGCACUCACUCCUCCCCGUCGCCCACUCAUUCCCCUCCGUAUCCCUCGCUCACUCCCCUUCCGCCGCCCACGCUCGCUCCCUCUCCGUCCCUCAUCUCCCCGUCCCUCAUCUCCCCGUCCCUCAUCUCCCCAUCCCUCACCCCCCCAUCCCUCAUCUCCCCAUCCCUCACCUCUCCGGUCUUCCUCUCCCUCUCCCCUCUCCUCUCAUUCCUUACCCUUCUCCCUCUCCUCUCCCUCCUCCCUUUCCACUCGCCCCGCCACUCCCGCCGUGCUUCUCCCUCCCCCCAUUCCGCCUCGCCCCAUUCCGCCCCACCCCAUUCCGCCCCAUCCCAUUCCGCCUGACCUCAUUCCGCCCCACCCCAUUCCGCCUCACCCCAUUCCUCCUCUCCCCGUCCCCUCCUCACUUUACCCCCCUCUUCUCCCCUUCCCCACCUCAUCCCAUCUCCUCCUCUUUCCGUCCACCCCUCCUCACCCCAUCUCCUCCUCUUUCCAUCCAGGCCUCCUCACCCCAUUCCGCCUCACCCCAUUCCGCCUCCCGUCCUCUCCCCAUCCCCUCCUCUUACUAUCCCUCCUCUCCCUGUCUCUCCUCUCCCCAUCCCUCCUCUCAUCCCUCCUCUUACCAUCCCUCUUACCAUCCCUCCUCUCCCCAUCCCUCCUCUCCCUAUCCGUCCUCUCCCCAUCCGUCCUCUGUUCGUUCCUUUCUCCCCACAUCCCUUCCUGUUUGCUCCGCACUUCACCUCCCCCUCCCCUCCCCCAAUCGCUCUGCGCGGUCUCAUUGCAGGGACUCCUCGCAGGGAAAGAAGGGGAAAGGGAGGAAAGUGCACCCACGCUACGUCUAUCCCCUCACCCCGCCCUGUCCUAUCCCCUCACCCCGCCCUGUCCUAUCCCCUCCCCUCCCCCUCCCGUCCUCUCCCCAUCCCCUCCUCUUCCAAACCCAUCCCUCCUCUUUCCAUCCAUCCUCUCCCCAUCCCUCCUCUCCCCACCUCCUCAUCCCUUGUGCGUUUCUGCUCCAGGGAGCUGCUUGGGACGCUGUGGACGGAUGGCGGCGCCCAUAGUCGCACAACAGAGGCGGACGUGGUGCUGCGUGAAUCCCUUCCCCCCCUCCUCCCAACCUCUCUUUCUCCCUUCAUCACGCCCCUCCUCUCCCCAUCCCCUCCUCUCCCCCUCCCCUCAUCACGCCCCUCCUCCCAUCACGUCCCGUCCUCUCCCCAUCCCCUCCUCUUCCAAACCCAUCCCUCCUCAUCACAUCCCUCCUCUUUCCAUCCAUCCUCUCCCCAUCCCUCCUCUCCCCAUCCGUCCUGUCCCCAUCCCCUCCUCUCCCCCUCUGCUCCAGGUGUUUCCUCCCAUCAUCACUUCCUCCCAUCAUCACUUCCUCCCAUCACCACUUCCUCCCAUCAUCACUUCCUCCCAUCACCACUUCCUCCCAUCACCACUUCCUCCCAUCACCACUUCCUCCCAUCACCACUUCCUCCCAUUACCACUUCCUCCCAUCAUCACUUCCUCCCAUCACCACUUCCUCCCAUCACCACUUCCUCCCAUCACCACUUCCUCCCAUCACCACUUCCUCCCAUCAUCACUUCCUCCCAUCACCACUUCCUCCCAUCAUCACUUCCUCCCAUCACCACUUCCUCCCAUCACCACUUCCUUCCAUCACCACUUCCUCCCAUCACCACUUCCUCUUCCUAUCCCCUUUCCCUCUCACAUCGUCCUAUCUCCCCCUGUCCCUUCCCCCCUGCUUCCCUCUUCCCCCUCUUUCCCCGCUUUCCCCUCCCCAUCGCUCGUAUUCUCUUUCUCUCCCUGGCUAUUGCAGUGA